AUGCGGUUGAAGCCUUAUUUCCUUCCCGUCGCCGCGCUCUCCUACCCGUGGCUGACCAAGGAGCACCCCGACCCGCGCGGAGCCAACCUCGCCCGCGUCGCGAGGGCGCUCAAGGCCCUGCUCAGCCAUGCACGUAUCCCGCGGCUCGGCGUGUUUUGGGACUUCGGCUCGCUGCACCAGCACCCCGACCCCCCCAACGGCGUCCUGCGCACCGAGGAGCAGAACGCGCUCUUCAAGCAGGGACUGGGCUGCCUCGGCACGCUCUACUCCCAACAAAGGGCAGGAGGGACACAAGGCACGAGGGGCACCAACGUGGCCAAGUACUUUGACCGCGGCUGGUGCUUCACGGAGCAGAGCUGGGCUGGCCUGACAAAGGCUGGCUACCUCUCGCUCGACCUCGGCAAGAUGCGCGGCGGCAAGGUGUACAACUGGAGCAGCCUCCGAGCCGACUGCACCAGGGGCGGCGGUCGGCGCCCUCCGCUGCUGCCGUCUGCGUUCGCGGCGGAGCUGGAGAAGAAGAGCUUCACCAACGGCAAGGACGACAAGCCGCUGGUGAAGCGGCUGUACGAGGCCGCCUUCGAGGAGCAGUUUGGCAAGGCGACCGGGCUGGGCUACGGCGGCCUCGGCUGGGGCGACGCGGAGGCGGCGCAGCUGGCGGAGGUCCUCGCGAGCGGGGCGGCGCCGCGGCUUGAGACGCUCUAUCUCGGCGGCAACAAGAUUGGCGACGAGGGCUGCAAGGCGCUGGCCGCCGCCCUCGGCAAGGAGGGGGCAGUGCCGCGGCUCGAGACGCUCACCCUCUUUCUCGGCGCCAACCGGAUUGGCGACGAGGGCUGCAAGGCGCUGGCCGCCGCCCUCAAGGAGGGGGCCGCCCCGAGCUUGAAGGCGCGAGACGCCCCACCUCCGAGAACGUGGCAAUUGAGGCGGCCCAGCUGA